UCAUUCAUUCUGUCAACCAGCUAAUCAAUCCCUAGUACAACCUUUAGUCUCACUGAACGCUUUCUGGGAUGCCUUUCCACAUUGCAAAUCUAGCGCUUUCUCCUCGAGCCGUCGUUCAGAAAGCGAACAGCCAAGAAGAUCCAUACCACGAUGAUCACCAAUUGAUUGGUGACAGCUUACUGUACAAACUCAGUGGACAGAAAAACUCGCUAUGGAAUAGUAUCAUAUCAAUUUUGCAAACGCGAGCGCAUGAGUUUGAUGAAGGCGUUGAUGACACGCCGUGGUGUCUUCUUUUUGUCAAGGAUCGUAUGUCCCUUGCUGAAACACUAGGCGAAGCUAAUCCAGGAAGCUCUUGCCAUCCAAACCAAAUGUCAGACCUUCAGAAAAGGAUAUGGUUAAGCAGAAUACGGAUUUGCUAUACACCUACGAGUCACCACCUGAGAGCCAUAAUAUCAGCUUUGCAUAUAAGAAGCGGACCCAACAAGGAUGCCAAUGGGAUUCUCCCAUCUCUAGAUAGCGAGUAUCCAGAUAGGGCACCGUCGCUGAUCGCAGUAUAUAAUUUAGUAGAUAUCAUUGAUGAUGAACAAGAUGACAACUCUACGAGGGAAGAUAUCGCAGGGAAGGAAAUGACAAGGCAUGAUGAAUUGAUGCAUAUAAUGGCAGCCAUGUCUGAACUACAGGAAUACUUCAAUAGCACGAUGAAAAGGAGCUCGCAUUUAAUAUACUAUGACAGCAAGCAACACCAUAUCUAUCACUCUCAUGUUGAAGGACAGUCCGUAUUUCCGGUAGCUACGGAGAUUCCGCCAGAAGUGCAAAUGAUCAAUACUAUUUUUCACUCAUGGACGGAUUGGAUCAUCGAAGCAGAAGUCGUCCUUUUUGAUAGAGGCGAUGAAGUAGAGGGACUUGAAAAAUCUUGUAUCUCGCUCGUAGCUGUGCCUUCACGAAGGAUAACUGCCGCAGAAGAUUUGCACUGGACCUUUCAAAUGUGAAGUCAAUCUCACGCAUCGGUUCAUUGUUCAACCGAAUGUGGGACCAGUCGUUUACCAAUUCGAUACCGGCAGUCACAUAGAUGCGCCCAAGGUCCCGGGAAAACUUGAUC